AUGGUUGAAGACAAGUUCAAUUUCCUUAAAAAUCGCAUUAGAAAGCAUGCAACAGCACUUGUUGCUUCUGGUCUGUUUGAGGAACCAAUUGACCCUACAGUUGCUUCACAGAAAAGUGUAUUUGCAGUUGGCAUGAUCUGCUGUGAAGAAGAAGGCCGUUUGAAGGAGAAGCCUAUUAUUGCAGCAGGUCCUUUUACCACAAUUGACAACUUGUUCUUUGAACCUCUAACUGAGCUGCUAGCAUAUGCACGAAGAAAGCAGCCUCAGUUGCUUUUAUUGCUGGGACCAUUUAUUGAUUCUGAACAUCCAGAGAUUAAGAAAGGAGUAGUAAACAGGACCUUUGAUGAAAUAUUUCGUCUUGAAAUCCUUGGAAGGCUUCAAGAUUAUGUGGAAUAUAUGGGUUCUGCAGCACAUGUGAUUCUCGUGCCAUCUAUACGGGACGCAAAUCAUGACUUUGUUUUCCCUCAGCCUGGUUUUGAUAUUCAGCAAGCCGAUCUCAAACACCAAAUAACCAGUCUUACAAAUCCAGGGAUUUUCAGUGCAAAUGAGAUCAAGGUAGGUUGCUGCACUGUGGAUAUUCUCAAACAACUUAGCGGAGAGGAGAUCUCACGGAAUCCAUCUGGGGGAUCCAAGCAGCGCAUGAAUAGACUUGCAAAUCAUCUACUUAGCCAGCACAGCUUCUAUCCUCUAUACCCACCAAUGGAAGAUACUCCCGUGGAUUUUUCUCUCGCUCCAGAGGCUCUUCAGAUCCCUUGUAAUCCAGAUAUCCUAAUCCUAUCCUCUGACUUGGCUCAUUUCGUGAAGGUGUUGUCAAUUGGGGAUAAAAAUGACAGAGAAGAGCAAGCGAAAUGCAUUUGUGUUAAUCCGGGAAGACUAGCUAGGGGUGAAGGAGCAGGUUUCUUCGUGGAACUUAACUACGGGGGAAGCCCUGAUUCAACUAGUGCUUCAGUUAUAAGCAUAUAG